AUAGCGGUGCCCCACAACAGCAUCCCGCGGGCCGGGCCGUCACCGAGCCGGAGCUUGUCCCGUCAUGGACUCAGCUUCCCCUUUAGAAGCCAAGUCCUGAGUCUCCUCGCUCUCAUCUGACGUCAGGGCAUUGCUGACUGGUAACAACCAUUCUGAACUGGCCCAUUGCCAUCUACUACCAGUGUCACCUUGCACAGCAGACAGGUAAAGGGCACAGUCCCUCUCUGAAUAGCUGCUGGCCAAGGAUGUUGCAGACAGGAACUCCUGGGCAAGAGUAGGAGCCAGGAAUACUGAGAUACUCUUCUAUGGGCUGCCUCCAGUGACCUGAGUGCUCUCAGCUUGUCUGGUUACCUGUUUGAGUAAGGGGAGAUGGGGACGGAGAUGCCUGGAGGGGGGUCAGGGGUACCACAGUGAUGGGUAGUGCAGCUGAAGCUGUUAACUAUCACCCUGCUGCCUGGAGAGACUUGCAUGAUGCUUACAUGUAGAGGUUUGGCACUGCUUGUGCUAUAAAAUAGCACUGGAUGCGACAGUAGCUCCUCCCCUGUGUCUGUGGGGGACACUGGGAAGGGGGAAUUAGGACAUGACCCACAUUUCCUUGGCAAAGGGCUCCUUUCAGUUAUAUCUCGGUGUGCUUUGUGCUGGCCUGUGGGAGCUGCUGCCUAAUCCCAGUGCUGCAGCACACUUCAAGGCAUGGUUUCCAUUCCUUGUUCCUCCCUAACCUGGGAAUUAGGAGUCAUAAAUCUAUUUGGGUCCUGACCCUUACAACCAAUUACUUAGUGACCCAAUUGUUAGCAGAGGUGCUUCUAAAUUCCUCAAGCAUCCCUGCCUGGAGCUGCUGCAAUCCCCUGCCUGCGAUGUAUUGAAGGCAAAACCCUUUGAAGAUGUCUGCAGGAAGAGCUGCAAAGUGUGCAUGAGAGAGGGAGAAGAUUGUGUACCCAGCAGGCUGGAUACCCAUUGUCUCUUCCAGUGCUGGAGAGAAGGGAAAGCCACCCUCAGCCAUGGAAGGGGGUGUGCAGCUCCUCAACCGCGAUGGGCACAGCAUCUCCCACAACUCCAAGCGGCACUACCACGACGCCUUCGUGUGCAUGAACCGCAUGCGGCAGCGCGGGCUGCUCUGCGACAUCGUGCUCCACGUGGGCACCAAGGAGAUCAAGGCCCACAAGGUGGUGCUGGCGUCGUGCAGCCCCUACUUCCACGCCAUGUUCACAAAUGAGAUGAGCGAGAGCCGCCAGACGCAUGUGACGCUGCACGACAUUGACCCGCAGGCCCUGGAGCAGCUGGUGCAAUACGCUUACACGGCUGAGAUUGUGGUGGGCGAGGGGAACGUGCAGACACUUCUUCCUGCUGCCAGCCUGCUUCAGCUCAAUGGUGUGCGGGAUGCUUGCUGCAAGUUCCUGCUCAGCCAGCUCGACCCAUCCAACUGCCUGGGCAUCCGGGGCUUUGCUGACACUCACUCCUGCAGCGACCUCCUCAAGUCUGCACACAAGUAUGUCCUCCAGCACUUCGUGGAGGUGUCCAAGACAGAGGAGUUCAUGUUGCUGCCUCUUAAACAGGUGCUGGACCUCAUAUCUAGUGACAGCCUCAAUGUGCCAUCGGAGGAGGAGGUGUACCGGGCUGUGCUCAGCUGGGUCAAACACGAUGUGGACAGCAGAAGACAGCAUGUCCCUAGGCUUAUGAAGUGCGUGCGGCUGCCCCUGCUGAGCCGGGACUUCCUCAUGAGCAACGUGGACACGGAGCUGCUGGUGCGGCACCACUCGGAGUGCAAGGACCUGCUCAUUGAAGCCCUCAAGUACCACCUCAUGCCGGAGCAGAGAGGGGUCCUGAGCAACAGCAGGACGAGGCCGCGGCGCUGCGAGGGGGCCAGCACCGUGCUCUUUGCUGUGGGCGGAGGGAGCCUGUUUGCCAUCCAUGGGGAUUGUGAGGCUUAUGACACGCGGACGGACCGGUGGCACAUGGUGGCCUCCAUGUCAACGCGCAGGGCCAGGGUUGGAGUUGCUGCCAUCGGGAACAAGCUGUAUGCUGUCGGCGGCUACGAUGGCACCUCUGAUUUAGCCACAGUGGAGUCCUAUGAUCCCGUCACCAAUUCCUGGCAACCCGAGGUGUCCAUGGGCACCAGAAGGAGCUGCCUGGGUGUAGCAGCACUUCAUGGGCUUCUCUAUGCUGCUGGGGGGUACGACGGGGCCUCAUGUCUGAACAGCGCAGAGCGGUACGACCCUCUGACAGGCACCUGGACAUCCAUCGCUGCCAUGAGCACCAGGAGACGCUACGUCCGGGUGGCAACGCUAGAAGGCAACCUCUAUGCUGUUGGGGGAUAUGACAGCUCAUCCCACUUAGCCACAGUAGAAAAGUACGAGCCCCAGAUCAACACUUGGACACCCAUUGCCAACAUGCUGAGCCGCCGGAGCAGCGCCGGGGUGGCCGUGCUGGAGGGGAUGCUCUAUGUGGCUGGUGGCAACGAUGGGACCAGCUGCCUUAACUCUGUGGAGCGCUACAACCCCAAAACCAACACGUGGGAGAGCGUGGCACCCAUGAACAUCCGCAGGAGCACCCAUGACCUGGUGGCCAUGGAUGGGUGGCUGUACGCUGUAGGUGGCAAUGACGGGAGCUCCAGCCUCAACUCCAUCGAGAAGUACAACCCCCGUACCAACAAGUGGGUAGCAGCCUCGUGCAUGUUCACACGCCGGAGCAGCGUAGGGGUGGCUGUGCUGGAACUCCUCAACUUCCCACCCCCUUCCUCGCCCACCCUGUCGGUGUCUUCGACGAGCCUUUGACAAAGAAUCAGGACCUACCUUACCUCAAGGGGACAGGGGUGCGUGGUGGAGCUCUAGGCUCACCCCACGCGGCAGCCGGUCGCUGUAAGGAGGAGAGCGAAGGGACCGGCCUCCAGCCCCAGCAUUCCUUGAACCCUGGAGCCAUCCCUGUUCUCAGUGCACACAUCGGAUCAGCACUACCACAGCAGUUAGAAAUGUGCUUCCUGGACGAGCACCCUCCUUGUAGAGGGCAAGAAGAGAGGAUGCUCUCUGCUCCGUUCAGACUCAUCUCACCGCUCACCCAAAGGGGGUAUAUUUUCUUUGGGGAGGGGGAACUUAAAACCAUUGCUGCUUCUUGGAUUCCCGUGAUCCAGCCGGUGCCACAUGGAUGAGCACAGCCAGCCUUGGAGGCUUCCAGGAGUCCUGUGGGGUGGCAGAGGUGGGCAGCACCCAAGGACACGGCUGAGUGUGCAACUGCUCCUCUGAAUGUCACUGUAGCCUAACUCUUUAACCAAGCCUAUCGUGCACUGUUAAAAGACUCUGAGGCCACUGUAUGGUUCUCAAUGGUGUCUAAUUGAUGCCUUAAAACACACAAAACAGAAGAAGCCCAGCUUAAGGGACAGAGCCCGGAGGAGGUGAGGUUUGGAGACAGGACUGGAUGCAGCAUCCUGAGCCCUCCGGUGUUGCCAUGCUCAGCUGGUCCCACCUCAUUCACCAAGAUCCCAACCGACCAUUGCUCCCCAGCCAGGUGGACGAGUUGAGGGACCCUAUUGCCAUCCGUGCUGCUGCUGUCCCAGGUUCCAGUGACUGUGUGGCUGCCUGCUCUGUGCACAUGGUCCUGGUUCAGCUUGGGAAUGGGUCGGCCUGUUUGCUGUUCCCCUCUCUGCAAAGCAGGUGCUGGGUUUAGGGGAAGGUAUCGGUUCUCUUCUAAAUGAGGAGGAUUUCCUGGCAUUACUUUGGGGUGUUAAUAUUUUGCCUUUUUUAUUAUUUGAAUUGCUAAUAUUUUAAUUUUUAAUGACUUCACAUCCCUUUAUUUUUGACACUCCUGCAAUUCCCCAUCCCAUCUGCUUUUAGGGAUGCAAUUACUUUCCUCACUCGUGGAAGAGAUGAUGACUGUGUUCUGGAAGACGUUCUCUGUAGAUGUAUGGGUUUGUAUGUGCAUGUGUGAGAUACUGUGACAACAGCAUGAAAGGGACCAUUUGCAAUUAGCAACUCGCUGGCAAUUAAGCAACCACUUUAAUUAGCUAAAGGUUGAGCAAAUCAGUUCUGUAAGUUAAUAAGACCCACGCAGUAAGACCCACCUAUGCCAUGAAACCUCUUGGGUGGUGUUUUCAAUGCGUAUACUCUAGGGUGUGUGUGUGAGCCUUGAGCUCAGAUGUGUUAUCAGGUGUCCUUCACGUUAAGAGAGGAAUGACUCAACCACUGGUACCUCAACAGUGUUCAAAUGUAGCAUUGGAAAUACGGUCUAACUGUUCAGAACUAAUUCCUUUACCCUUCUUUUAUUCCCUGCUCCUUCUCAUCUCUCACUUACAGUUUGUAUUUCACUUGUGGUGGUGUUUGUUGGCCUGAACAUUCAAGGGGCUUUUAAGAGAUCUCUUUUCUUUGGGGUGAAAGGAGAGUUUGAGAUGAGACAGGGACUCCCCAACUUCAGACCAUGCUUAUGGUGAUCUGCUUUCUCCUUGGCCAGGCGCCUGCAUGUUUUACAAGCCCACUUACAGUGCCUCACAUUGGACCCCUGAAAUUACCAGCAGCUUCUGGAAAUCUGGGCUGCUUCUCCCCCAGCCUCUCCCCAAGGACACUGUAGUGCAGAUGUCCAGGCUCUGCUCAUGCAGGUUGUCCCUUGGUCAACGCGGUCACUUGAAUCUGCUUUGUUGGAAGUAAUGGUGAAAUGGGUGAAGUCUGCACUGCUGCCUGCAUGAGGUCUGUUAUAGAAACAUAGAAUGGUUUGGGUUGGAAAAGACCUGAAGAUCAUCCAGUUCCAGCCCCCUGCCAUGGGCAGGGACACCUCACACUAAACCAUGUCACCCAAGACUCCAUCCAACCUGGCCUUGAACACCUUUCCAUCCCACUCCUAUAAGCAACAUCAGGAUUCUAGCCUUCUGCUGGACCAGCCCAUGCAAGAUGCACCUGGCUUAGGGUCCUGUUUGAACAGGAUCACCCUAAAAGCCCCACGGCUGUGUCAGAAGUGAAGGACGCUGAGGUUCUGCUGAGACCUCUGUGUGACGAAUGGUGGAAGGAGAGCAGAGCCCAGGCAGCCUGCUGAAGGGCUGAUUUCAGCUAAGUUGUUGUUCUAGUGAUGGUUCACAUCUGGCCAGCUGUGGCUGUUCACAUGAAUGGGGCCUGCUGCCUUAGGGGGGCAGCAGGCAGGCAAAACUGGAGGGGAAGCAAGCAAUGGAGGAGGCUGAGGAGAAGUUCUGUGCCAUGAGCCCUUGGCCUCAGUUGUAAUCUUUAGCAAUUUACACCACCACUGGUGUGCAAUGCUGCCCUGCCUCGAGGAUCAGGGAAACAGGCAGUGUGGCUCCUGUCGCCCCAUCACUUGGGUCCUGAGCAAUAUCACCACUGAGCCUGUUCUGCAGGAACCUGGAGCAGAGGGAGCUUUUUGUGUCUGUGAUGUUCUAACUAUGCAGGUGCUCACUGCUUUCUUGUGAAAGAGAAAGAAGGAAGGAAAGGGCAAAAGAGUUCCCCAGCAGCUUGCGGGGGUCCGGAGCACCCUGACCCACACUGUGUGGACACGAGGUGUCAGCAUCUACCCUGGGUGAUCCCAGGGUGGACUUGCUUCUGGUGCUGCACAUCCCUCGCUGAGGAGGAGGCCUCGGAGGGGAUGUGUGUCUGUGUCUGUCUGUCUGUAACACCCUAUCUGAGGGGAGGAGAACUGUCAACUGUGCGUGGCUUCUCUGCCAGUUUUAGUUAGUGAUGUCUCACCCAACAUGUUACUUGUGCAAUUCCCUACGUGAGCUUUUCCCAGUGGAGGAGCAUCCCCCAGUGGGCAGCUCUGGGGCUGUGUGUGUUGAUGUGGUUCACCCAGGGACCCCGGUGUCAGUCUGCAAGGCCAGGCAGGAGCCCUUGCCCCAGUGUGCAGGGAGAGGGUUCCUUGGCCUUACCGAUGGGCAGACCCGGUUUACUCCAUGUCAAUCCGUUGUCACUUUGAUUUCUCUGUAAGUUAUCUGACUUAUUUAUGUGGAACUCUGUUUCUCUGAAGUUUUUGCACUACAUGGGGUUGGGGAGGGGAUAUAAGCAAUAGAAGCCAACGUGUACAAUAAAGAUGUUUUCUUGAAUACCGGA